CUGGGUCCUCAACUCCAGAGAAGCUCUUUCUUAUUAUUUCACCCUCCGCCCUUUCUCCUUUUCGCUUCAGUCCUUCUUUUUGACCCUUUGGCAUCUUCGUCCUUGGGAAAAAGAUUCAGACCUCUUAAUUGAUUUCUGAUUCCAUUGCGCCUCCCCGGUGGCAAUAUCACGUUCUCUCGGACUGUGCUGUAUUUUCAUCCCUUUUUUACACCCCUCGCCGCCCUUGCGUACGAGGGUCCAAGACAAUAGAGAGAUUCCCAGCUUCGUCAUCGAGUCUACUGCAAGUCAGUUGGCAUUCGUCCUUUCUACGAUCUUCGUCAUUAGGGGUCGACCACUAUUGCAGCUCCCUUGGCAAUCGUGCUGUGUAUUACUCCCAACCUCGCGCGGCCACUUGAACUAAGUGGGUUAUCCUGCGUUUUCUAUCGAUUUGCGCCGCGACUGUGACUUGUCAAUCAACCGCCCCUUUCGGUUGGGGUCUUCCAAUGUUCCGGACUCCUGUUUGUUACUGUUUAUAGUUUGAGAGAUUACUCGUUGUAAUUCUUGGCUUUCAAAGGGGUUAUCCCCAGCCAUCUGGCGAUCCGAAGCCCCCGCGGUCAACCCUGAAUUUUCCACGACUUGCCACUUGUCUUUUGGUGCAUUUGCCCUUUUUGUUCAUCUGUUAGGUACGGAGGUCCUCGAAGGAUGUCAAUUGCGCCUAUUAUCGUAUAAACGCCCCGGUCAGUGACCAUCACGGCUUUUCCGCUACUACCAAUUCGAUAUCUAUCCCGAGAGCGGGCAAGAGAUGGAAUCAAUGAAGCCAAACAUCCCACCAUUAAAGAUCGCAAAGUCGAAUCCGGAUAUUCAUGUGUCGACCACAUUGUCGGACCAAGACGACACAAAUCAGACGCGACCUCGUUUCUAUUCGAAUAACCUCGGCCAGUCCGAGAUGACGCCGCCAUUAACACCGCAAGGCAUCACUCAACCCGAACACAAUAUGGAACAACCCGAGGCUCCGAGAGCCGUCUUUCACAACUACCUGCGUGCAUUUUAUCCUUUUCAUCCGGCAGGAGAUGUCUCUCCAUCGACGGUGACUCUUCCGCUCGACCAGGGCGACAUUAUCCUGGUCCACUCCGUUCACACCAAUGGCUGGGCCGACGGUACCUUGUUAGAUUCUGGGAAUCGAGGCUGGCUGCCUACCAAUUACUGCGAAGCAUAUGACCAACUACCCAUGCGUCCCUUGUUGAAAGCACUGACGGACUUUUGGGAUAUCAUUCGAGGAGGAUGCGGUUCAUCACUAAAGGACUUUGGUAAUCAAGACCUGAUGCGAGGUCCCAUUGCUGGCGUUCGGUUCCUCCUGGAGAAAUCCGAGUGCCUCACUCGGGAAGCACCGCUUGUUAGGAAAUAUGAUGGACUUCGCCGUAUCCGCAAGGCUCUGCUGUCUGAUCUUUCCUCGCUUGUCAAGACUGCCAAGCAGUUCCAGGACGUCGCCAAUGGGGUUCCAGCGGAGGAUGAGGUCGAGGCUAUUCUGGAUGAGAUGCUUCUCAAGGCAUUCAAGAUUGUCACCCGUGGUGUUCGCUUCUUGGAUGUCUGGAACGAGGAAGUUGGCUUGACCAGAACAAUUGCUGAGAUGGAGACUGUCGGUACUCAAUACGAUAUGCCCCCGACUCCAGCUUCCGCGACAUUCUCCUUGGCCGAUACGGCGCCGACUUCCGAUACUUGCACCGAACGAAAUGAGUCUCGACAGAUGAGCCACAGCCGUAUGGACUUCAGCCGAGCCUCGAUGCGGACUGAGAUGCUGGAUCAACAGUCCAGACCCAUGUCCGUAUCAACAAAACGUAUCUCAGUGUCCCACCGGAUCUCAUACUCUGGUCCCUCGUCGGCCAUUCGUGCGCAGAACCUGGCCUCGGAGCGACUGGGCAUCUCGUACGAUGCUUUCCUGGGUGUGCUGGGAUCAUUCAUCGGCCUUCAUAUGCAGUCGCGUUCAUCAACCGAGCUGGUCACUACUACCCAGCAGGCCGUGCAGUCUUGCCGGGCUUUGCUCAACGUAGUUGAGGCUGUAUGCGAGCAUGAUGCCCAGCAAAGUGUCCUCCUCGACGAGGCACGCGAGUCUAUGUGCGAGAAGUUAGCCGAACUAGUUCAAGCUGCCCGCGACGUGUUUCGUCCUGCAAACUCCCAGGACGACGACCUGAUCUUCAUGCCGGACGAGGGUAAGCGACUGGUCGAUGCUGCAACGGAUUGCGUCCGUGCUGCUGGCAACUGCCUGGCAAAGGUUCGCCUGGUGCUGGAGCAAAUCGGUGACAUCGAGCUGGACCCUGUCCAGGAAAAGGCCAGCACCGACCAGCAAGUGUCAGGCAUUGUCACUUCACAAGUGUCCCCCAACAUGCCGACCGACCAGCAAAAAUCCAAAGAGCUCUCACUUCAGCUUCCUCCACCUCCUCUCACGAUUCCAAACUCGACCUACUCCCCUUCGACCCCUGGCCUCACCGACUCGACCACACCUUCUUCUUUCCAAUCGCACCUCGCUUCCAGCAGUCCCGUCCAUCCUUCUGCUCCAUCCUCUUUCUCUAACACUGCCACUAUUUCCACCCAGCUUGACCAAGCUUCCUCCUUCUCUUCAUACGACAGCGGCUUCCGCGAGAGUCAUCCCAAGUCCGACGUGAGCGAGUCCUUUGGCCGCGGUGUCACAAGCACGGGUAGCAGCUUCACGUACCACAGUCACACGCGCGACUCCGAGAUGAGUGGCCUUUCUCGGACCUCCACCCGGGCCACCUCCCCUGACAUUGGGGGUAGCUUCCAUGACAGCUUCAAGGUGCCUUCCUUGAAGGAGAGUGUCAGCCACUCUACCUUGGCCGAGGAGAACGAAGAGACGGAAGCUCAUCUUCUUGAGAAGACUUUCGCUCAUGAGCUCGUCUACAAAGAUGGCCAAGUCAUGGGUGGCAGUCUGCGUGCUCUCAUUGAGAAGCUCACUGCCCACCAAUCUACCCCGGACGCCCUGUUCGUCUCUACCUUCUACCUCACCUUCCGUCUCUUUGCUACUCCUCUGGGGUUUGCCGAGGCUCUCGCCGAGCGGUUCGAGUACAUCGGCGACACCCCCCAUGCCGCGGGACCCGUUCGCCUGCGCGUUUACAACGUGUUCAAGGGCUGGCUCGAGUCGCACUGGCGCCAUGAUCGCGACAACUCGGCGCUCGAGUUUAUUGUGAACUUUGCAAAGACUCGCUUGACUGCCGACCUCCCUACUGCUGGCAAACGUCUACUAGACCUGGCUGACAAGGUCUCUGCUGUUCACGGUCCCGUCGUUCCCCGUCUGGUCUCGUCUAUGGGCAAGACCAACACCGCCAUUGCUCAAUACGUUCACCCCGAUACCCCUCUUCCUCCUCCCGUCCUGGGCAAGAAGGAGGCCAACCUGCUCAAGCAGUGGAAGACUGGCGAGACCUCGAUCUCCAUCUUGGACUUUGACCCCUUGGAGUUGGCUCGUCAGCUGACCAUUAAGGAGUCUCGCAUAUUCUGCUCGAUCCUUCCCGAGGAACUUCUCGACACCGAAUGGACUCGGAAGUCUGGCUCGCUUGCGGUCAACGUUCGUGCCAUGUCGACCCUUUCCACGGAUCUGGCUCACUUGGUUGCCGACUCCAUCCUCUGCCUGGAGGAGCCCAAGAAGCGCGCCGCGACCAUCAAGCACUGGGUCAAGAUUGCCAACAAGUGUCUGGAGCUGAACAACUACGACUCCCUCAUGGCCAUUAUCUGCUCCUUGAACUCGUCCAUGAUCUCUCGUCUGAGACGGACAUGGGACGUUGUGUCGCAGAAGACCAAGACUACCUUGGAACAACUCCGCACUAUUGUCGACGUUUCUCGCAACUACUCAGUCUUGCGCCAGCGUCUGCAAGGCCAUGUACCUCCUUGCUUGCCUUUUGUCGGCACCUACCUGACCGAUCUUACCUUCGUUGAUCAUGGCAACCAGUCUCUCCGUUCCCUGCCGACGGAUGAGGGUGAGAUGGCUGUGAUUAACUUUGACAAGCACAUGAAAACGGCCAAGAUUAUCAGCGAGCUCCAACGGUUCCAGAUUCCUUACCGUCUCACCGAGGUUCCGGAGCUACAGACCUGGAUGCAGAACGAACUGGUACGUGUGCGCUCCAACGGCGAGACCACUCUUCAGACCUUUUACCGCCGGUCGCUGGUCCUUGAACCGCGUGAACCCUCACGCAGCAAUGUCAAUCUUCCAGCUCUGGCUCAAGCUCAGGCUCAGGGCCAGGCCCAAUCUCAAGCCUCCGAGUCAUCACCUCCCAACCAGUCCAUUCUUGAAAAUGCCAAGGACAAAUUCGACUUCUUAUCGUGGACAAACCCUUCUAAGCCCAAGUCCGUCGCGACUCACGGCUAAUCAUCUUCUUAUCAUACCCAAAUACCCAUUCUUACUUUUUAACAUUGACGACUGAUGACCACCAUUUUUCUUGAUUCUCCGGUUCUAUGCUGUUUUAUUCCAUCUUUCCGACCUUUUAUCUGCUAUGCUGGCUGCAUAAUGUUUCAUUUACUCCGUUCUUGUCUCCCAAAGUUCUGUGAAUAUCCCCAUUUUGCUUGUUAUUUUUAUUCUCUUUUAUUAUCUUCCGGCGGCGCUCGUGUCUUUUGUUUCAUUGGUUCCUGCGGGGAUAGCUGGCAUCAGAAAAGCGACAGGAAUUGGGUCCGAGUUGGAAAAAACGGAGUCACCAAGGGGCUUUUCUCGAUUUCUUUUCUUCUUCUUUUUGUCUAUCAAAGGUCAUGUCUUUGGGGGAAUAUGGGGCUUCUUGUCUGUUAUUUGUGUUGGGACGGUCAUUCUUGAGCUCUUUUUUUUUCAGGCAAGGAUGUAAGCCUCCCGGCUUCUGUACAAGGGCUAUGCCAAAUGCUACUGCAAUGCAAAAAUGCUUUUGCUAAAUAUUUGAUUUCGUGACAUUGUAGA